AUGUUCCACAAACUUCAAGCUAAGGCUCAGGCUGCUCUUGCAAGCGCAACACAUCGAAACGAUCACAACGACCAGGCUGAAGCCCAAGCAGAUCCAACCCAACCAACCCAACAGUCGGGUGGGCGCCACCAUGCUAUCGACAAUAUCACGCAUACCUUGAAGCAACUGCAUACGCAGUACUCUCCACAGGUGCGACCUGAUGCCCGCCAAUUACAAUUACUCAUCACUAGCCAGAAGGGCCUUUCUCUCGAUUAUGAGGCAGUUUCGCGCGAAUCCAAGGGUCACUCUAAAGAACUUUACCUUUGGGGCCAAGAUCAAGUAGACGACGUUAAAGAUGUCUCGGAUCGUAUCGCCUACCUCAAUUUUGCACAUGGUUCACUUGCGGCUGACCUUGCCAAAUCGCUCGACUCUUCACGUGCAUCGUACAAGUCCCUGCGAGAUGCCGAAACUACCUUGCAUCCACGUCGUGUUGCACGAGCUGGUAUGAGGGCCGAGAUCGACAAGAUCAGGCAAGCCGGAGCUACCAGUAAAGCCCCUUCCAACGGUGCCGAGCGUAUUGCCGAACUCGAGGCUCAGUUGAGCAAGGCCGAGCAAGAUGAUGCCCCCCAAGAGCGUGAAGUCGGACUCCUCAAGCGCCGCGCCUUGGUCGAGUGCGAACGUAAGAAGUGGGCUGCCUUCAGGGAAUACGCUGCCAAACUCGAGCUACUCUCCGAUGCAGCCGAGGCAUUGUUGGACGAGCUUCCUGACCAUGAGCCAACUGGCGCUUAUGCUGGAGCUCAGAACACUGCUCGUAUUCGUUCUCAACUCCAAAACACACUUGAUUCCUACCAACCUGCCCAAGGGAGGACAAAUAAAUUCAAGGCCCCGCAUGCACCCCUUGGUGUUGGUGCUGGGGCCGACACUCGCAGUUUCGGUGAAACACACAAGGAGGAGCUUAACAGUAUUCCACCAACCACUGCACCCACACCUCAAACUGGCCCGGGAGCAUUGGCCGAACAGCGGUUUGGGUCACAAAGCUCGAAUCAACACCUUGAUCCCGCGUCUGCGGCUAUUUCUCAGCCUGGAGGAGAUGCAGUCACUGGUAGCAGCACCACUGCAACUGCAGGCCACGCUCCAUCGCAACCUGCCCCUAUUAACCCAACUUCGUUGAAUCAUGCGCCCGCCUCUCUUCCUAAUCACUCGCCCUCUGUAUCGUCGCCCCUCCGUGAUGCAACCGCCACCCAAGAUACUGUCCAGACACCCUUGACCACUGGCCCGGCCGCUACCGGCGUACCGAUUCCUGCUGCCCAGCACGAUGUCACGGUCGCUGAGACCGGGGUGCCUUUGGCUGCCGGUGCCGCAGGGCCGGGCCCUAAGAGUGGGAGCCUUAGCCGCGACAGUGUGCCAACGACCGAUCCUCCUGCAGGCCCUCCACAGACUGGCCCGGCUCCUCCAUUAAAUAACGAGGACGAACUUCCUGGGUUUGCUGGUGCAACUAGGCACGAAUCUGCCGAAGAAGAGAAGGCGCGGCUUGCCAGGGAAGAGCGCGAGCGUUUGCUUCACACAGGGGCCCCAUCGGCCGCUCAUCCAACUGCAGAGGAAGAGAAGGCACGCUUAGAGCGGGAGGAAAGGGAUCGCCUCCUUCGUGGGCAAGCCCAAGACCAAGGCGAGAAUGCGGGAGAUGGCAAGACUGUCCCGCCUCCUUAUGCUGAUUUCUAA